AUGAUGGAAGUCAAGGAUAGUGAUCAUAUAGCACACUUAACUGCGCUUCGCAAGGUAUUCUUGCAUCAUUUCGUGGAAGCUCGCACCAUUCCUCCACCAGGAAUCGAGAAUGUCGAAGAAAUGAGAAAGAAACUACCUCUCGUGCGCUAUUACGGAGAUCUACCAGCAAUGGACGACCCUUGGUUUCCCUUUCUAUUCGCAGCUUCCAAUAGAAGAAUCGUCCAUAAACCACCACAUGCUCUUGAACGUCUCGGGCCGCUCAUGCGCAGAACUCAGUAUUUGGUUCGAGUAGAGAUUCUCUACAGGGUGAUAUUCCUAGUCGAGUCCAUUGACGACGAUGGCCGUCUCAUUUUCGUAGAGAUUGACCGACACCUUUUAAGUCGCCCGUCGGAACCUGCAGUGUUGCCGGAAUGGCUUCAGGGUAUGUUUGUUCCCAAUGUUGGGAAGGGGUUGGAGUGGGCGUGUGAGGAUUGGGGAAAUAAAUCACUUUUUAGGUGUAGCUCUUGGUCAAAGGCAGGAACAUCUUGGUGGUAG